GUGACGACGCGACGCUCUCUGAGACAGCUGCUGCCCGUCCACGCUCUUCUUUGUUCGCUUAUGCCCGCCCCGAUGCCUCACUGUUCCCUCUCACCCACUUCCUUCCAGGCCGGGCAAAACAGAGGGGGAGGGAGGGAGAGAGGAGCGGAAAUUUAAGGUAUAAAAAAAAAAAAAAAACCAGCAAGGCCUAUCGAGCCUUCAGCUUCUGCUGCUGCCUCCCCAGCAAUGCCGAAGCCUGGGAACGGCAAGAAGCUCCCUCUCCUUCUGCUAUUGUUCUUGCUACUGCUUUCGCCGUCAUUCCUCUCCUAUAAUCAUGAUAAUAAUGCUUGGGGGGCAUUCGGCAUCCCAUCGCCGCCGCUGUCGGACGCGGAAGGUCUGCUUGCCUUCAAGGCCAAGGCCGACCCUGGCAACCGCCUCCCUUUCUUCGCCGACCCCGCCAACCGCUCCGCCGACCCCUGCCGCUGGGCCGGUGUCCGGUGCUCCGCCAAGGGGAGGGUGAUCCGGCUGGUCCUCGAGGGCUACGGCCUAAACGGCACCUUCGCCGAACGCACCCUGCCCCAGCUCGACCAGCUCCGUAUCCUCAGCCUCAAGGCCAACUCCCUCGCCGGCCCCAUCCCGGAUCUCUCCGGGCUCGUCAACCUCAAGGCCCUCUUCCUCGACCACAACCUCUUCGCCGGUUCCUUCCCCGCGUCUCUUCUCUCCCUCCACCGGCUCCGGACCCUCGACCUUUCCCACAACAACCUCUCCGGGCCCAUCCCGCCGGCGCUCGCCUCCCUUGACCGGCUCUAUUCCCUCCACCUCGAGUGGAACCGGUUCAACGGCUCCGUGCCACCCCUCAACCAGAGCUCCCUCAAGGCCCUCAACGUCUCCAGCAACGACCUCUCCGGCGCCGUGCCCGUCACCGCGGCCCUUUCCACGUUCGAUGCGUCUGCCUUCGCCGGGAACCCCGGGCUCUGCGGCGAGGUCGUUCGCAAGGAAUGCGGCUCUCAUUUCCAGUUCUUUCAUGGCGGCGGCGGCCCAUCGGUCGCCCCGUCCCCAGCUGCCGCUGCCGGGCUGGGAGGGCAGCACGCAGGGUUUCUCCUUCCGGGCUCGGAGUCGUCAUCUCGGAAGAUGCACAAGAGGGCUGUCGUUGUGAUCGAGUUCUUGGCCGGUGCCUUUCUCGUAAUCGGAGCGGUGGGCGUUUCACUAGCACUGAAGCAGCAGCAGCAGAAGAAGAAGAAGAAGAAGGAGAGGAUGAAGCAGGGGAAGAUGCUGACACCAGAAAAGAAUGCGUCAGGUACUGCCGUCGCCGAUGCUCUGGAGAUGGAUGUGGAAGGUAACGCCGAGGAGAUGGAGUGCAGGGCCAAUGAGCUGGUGGCGGCGGCGGCGAUGUCGGAGGAGAAAGUGAAGAAGCUGGGGAAGAGCGGGUGCCUGGUGUUCUGCGCCGGGGAGGCGCAGGUCUACACUCUGGAGCAGCUGAUGCGGGCAUCUGCCGAGAUGUUGGGGAGGGGGAGCGUUGGGACCACCUACAAAGCAGUGCUGGAUAACCGGUUAAUUGUGAGCGUGAAGCGGCUGGAUGCAUCCAAGAUGGGGAUGACGGGGAAGGAGGCGUUCGAGCGGCACAUGGAUGCGGUGGGCAGGCUGCGCCACCCCAACUUGGUACCGCUGCGGGCGUAUUUCCAGGCCAAGGAGGAGAGGCUGCUCGUCUAUGACUACCAGCCCAAUGGCAGUCUCUACUCUCUAAUCCAUGGUUCAAGAUCAACGCGCGCCAAACCCCUUCAUUGGACCUCGUGCUUGAAGAUAGCAGAAGAUGUUGCGCAGGGACUUGCAUACGUCCAUCAAGCUUCACGUCUGGUUCAUGGCAAUGUCAAGUCCUCCAACGUGCUCCUUGGUUCAGACUUUGAGGCCUUGGCAGACAACUGCCUCUCAUUUCUUGUGGAGCCAUCAGAUGGUGAGGAUGACUCGGGGUACAGAGCACCUGAAACCCGGAAAUCCAAUCGAAGGCUGACACCAAGGUCGGACAUCUAUGCUUUUGGUGUGCUGCUGCUGGAGCUUCUGACUGGGAAACUUCCAUUGCAGCACACGGUCCUAAUUGCAACAGAUCUGCCUGUUUGGGUCCGAUCAGUGAGGGAAGAUGAAGGUACUGACGAUGAACGGCUUAUGAUGAUCAUUGACAUCGCAGCUGCCUGUGUUCGGUCUUCACCGGAGAGUCGACCAACAACAUGGCAGGUUCUAAAGAUGAUUCAGGAAGUGAAGGAAGCAGACACUGGCGAUAACGACAGUGACUCGACCUGCAUUUCCUAAAUCUAGAAUAGCUGGAUCCAUAUCUAAUGGACCACCUCAGUUGUGGUUACUCUUGUUACUCCAAGGGAAAUAAGCAAGUCCGUAGUGUUGGUGUGUAAGGCCAUAGCAAAAAUUAUUUCGGAAUUGGGUUAUUUGGUUUUUGCCUCUGUUUAUUUAGCUGUUGUGCUCAAAGCUUUGAAUGUAAUGGUAAUACUUGUCGAGGUGAUUGCUCAGAUGCAGUAACAAAUCUAAAUCUGUAGCUAACUUGUCAUAUAACUACUUUCAAUUACGUGGCA